AUGAACACUGGCAGUCUUGGUCUUCCUCGUCUCGCGAGAUCUCUUACGCCGACAGCAAGGAGGAUAGCCUGCCGCCACCAACGUCCCGUCCGCGUAUUUUCAUCCGUCCCAGCGAGUCUAGGACCACUUGUGAAUUCCUCGGAAAGCGUUACGCACAAACAACCAACCACAAUGACUGACGAAGGUAUUCCCCAGGCCGGAAAAAUCACCGAGUGGGUCAAGCUCAACGACAAGACGGGCGAGUUCAAGCGCCAGCAGAGCUCGUUCCGCAACUUCAUCUCGCGGGAGGAGGGCGCCCCGUUCCCGCCCGAAAAGGGCCGCUAUCAUCUCUACGUCAGCUAUGCGUGUCCUUGGGCCUGUCGGACAUUGAUCACCCGUCAGCUCAAGGGUCUCGAAGACGUUAUCAGUUAUUCCGUAGUCCAUUGGCAUAUCGGCGAAAACGGAUGGCGCUUCGUCACAAAAGACGAAAAGGACGUCCCCGGCGACUACGUCAUCCCCGAUCCCGUCCCGGGCCACGAGAGCUUCACCCACCUCCGCCAACUCUACUUUGAGUCCGAGCCAGACUACGAGGGCCGCUUCACCGUGCCGGUCCUGUACGACACCAAGCGCAAGACCAUUGUCAGCAACGAGAGCAGCGAAAUCAUCCGCAUGCUCUACACAGAGUUUGACGACCUCGUGGACGAAAAGUAUCGCAAAGUCGACCUCUACCCGCAGGCCCUCCGCACGCAAAUCGACGAGGCCAACGAGUGGACGUACGACAAGAUCAACAAUGGCGUCUACAAGUCCGGCUUCGCCACCACGCAGGAGGCCUACGAGCGCAACGUCGUCGCCCUCUUUGAGGCGCUCGACAAGGCUGAAGCGCAUCUCGCGUCCACUGCGGCCGAGGGUCCGUUUUACUUUGGCAAGGAGAUCACCGAGGCUGACAUACGACUCUACGUGACCAUUAUCCGAUUUGAUCCCGUCUACGUGCAGCACUUCAAGUGCAACAUCCGCGACAUCCGCUCCGGGUACCCCUUCAUUCACAAAUGGAUGCGUAACCUGUACUGGAACGUCCCGGCCUUCAAGGACUCGACCGAGUUCGACCACAUCAAGUGGCACUACACAAAGAGCCACAUCCAGAUCAACCGCUUCUCCGUCUGCCCCGUUGGCCCUCUGCCGCACAUCCUUCCCCUCGACGAGGAGGUGGCGGCCGUGAGCAAAAAGUAG